UGCAUUUAGCUUUAUCUUCUGUGUUGGGGCUACCACAAAUGCGUAUUCUAAUCUUGCGGUGUUAGCUAUUGUUACUUGGCCAGUCCUGUUUGUCUCCAUACCAAUGGUUCUUUUUGCAAUUCACUUACAGAGAUACUACUUCGCCACUGCGAAAGAAUUGAUGCAGCUCAAUGGCACAACCAAGUCUUUGGUAGCAAACCAUCUUGCUGAGUCCAUAGCAGGAUCCAUGACAAUAAGAGCUUUUGAGGAGGAAGAUCGGUUCUUUGUCAAGAAUCUUGACCUCAUUGAUGUAAAUGCUACUCCAUUUUUCCACAGUUUUGCAGCAAAUGAGUUGCUGAUCCAGCAGCUCGAAACACUUACUGCAGUUGUUCUCUCCUCAUCAGUGCAUGGUUUUGCUCCCUUCGGGAACUUUCAGCUCUGGUGGCUAUUUAUCUAAUUUUUCUUUAUUCUUAUUAUUGCUAUAUCCCAAACAAAUUAGGGUGCAUCCGAAUCAAAAUUAUUAUUAUUUUGAAUCUCAAAUUUACAGAU